GUGUUUGCAUAUAUACAUCACAAAAUCUAUCUACCAACAUUAAAAAUACAACUCAAUUUUGGUUUGCAUGGGGGUAAUUAAUGUUCACUCCUCAUCUUGUACACUGAAAGAAAUAGAAAUACGUACAUACAUAGCCCUGGCUCCGUGUAUUCGAUGAUCCGUUUGUGUUUCGUCUUUCUACUUUCAGACAAGUUGCUUUAUCCGGAUCUGCGACUACAUAUUCGUGCUAAACAGUGAACAACAACAACAACAGAUACUUUUUCACCAAAAUCAUUCUUUUCUUUUCCACCACACUGUAAACGUAUACACACUGUUCUGCUGUCAGAUCGAUCGGCACCUCUCCUUUCCUUUCAUAAGGUUUUGGUUGAAAGCUGAAACAUAAUCAAAAUCAAAAUGUCAGACAACAUAUCGUAUGAAAUCCAAUUGGAAAUCAUGAAAAGGCUUCCUGUCGAAUCCUUGAUUCAAUGCCGAUCCGUCUCAAAGACAUGGAAGUCUAUGAUCGACAGCUCUGAGUUUGCUGCUGAGUAUAGCCGCCAUCGCACAAAAAUGCAACAUAUAUUUGUAAGGUAUGAUGAUCUAACGGAUUACAACGUAAGAUAUGUUUCAGUUGUUGACGACGAUACUUUCCCCACAAAUAGAGUUUUCCUGACUCCUCCCCCAUUGGUUCAAAUGCAUGAAUACUAUAAAAUACUGGGCUGCUCUCAUGGCUUGUUUUGUUUCUAUCGAGUUGGCCCCGUCUCUGGAACCGGCAAGGCUCUUCUUUGGAAUCCAUCUGUUAGGAAAACAGUUGAGGUUGUGGUGCCUAAUGUGACAGAUUGGGAAGUAUAUGAAACCGUUUUAGGUUUUGGGGUUUGUCGUGAGACUAAUGACCCUACGAUUGUUAAGAUUACACAUAUUGUUAGUUGGGGCGAUAUGGAAAGUGCAAGUUGCAUCCCUUGGGAAGUUGAGGUUUUUACACUAAGCACAGGGGCUUGGAGAAGUGUAGGUGGCAAUCUCCCUCGUAAAUUGGUCCGCUUUCAAUUUGAUCCGGCAAAUGAUUGUCGUACGGUAGUUAUAAAUGGGGUUAUUUAUUGGUUUGCUACCAUGGAUGGUGGGUCUUGUAAUCUAAUUAUUUCAUAUGAUAUCACAAAUGAAGAAUUUGGAGAAAUAAACCUCCCAAAUAGCUUAGCCCACCCCUCUCCUGGACAUUGGUUCAUAUUGUUAAAACUAAGGGAGUCUCUUGUUGUGCUUGACAAUGUUUAUGAGGACGAUAGAAUGACAUACGAUGUAUGGAUGAUGGAGGGUGGUUUUUCAAAAUCGUUUACAAAGCUAUCCACCUUUAGUCUUAACACACAAGAUUAUGUCAGACCAAUGGGAUUUAGAAAUAGUGGUGAACAUAUAAUUGAAAUUGUAGACAACCAACAUGGACAUCUUGUUGUUUAUGAGCCCCGCUCUGAGCACACAGAUAAUCUCGGGAUUGAGGGAGCGUUCAGUACAUUUUAUGUGCAUCCCUACAUGGAAACACUAUCUUUGCUUGAUCAGCCAACAGCUCAUAGAGAAUUGUAAACCGAAAUAAAAGUAACCGUAUAAUGGAUUAUGGGAGGCAUAUUGGGUGUCGAUUAAAUUCGGUCCUCAGGUAGCGAUUCAGGACUCUUCUCUAAGUAUGGAGAUGGAAAAUCCAAAUGCUUUGGGUUUGUCAAUUUUGAAAAUGUCACGGGUCAAAGUCUUCUCUAAGUAUGGUGCAGUUACCUCAUGCAAGGUUAUGCUAGAGGCUCUAGAUUUGUUGCCUUUUCAAUCUGUAAGUGAUAUGUUGGAGCUACAUUGAAUGUUAUCAGUUAGAUAAUUAAUCUACUUUGAUUGUCAUGAUGAUUUAUAGCUUGUGGGGAUGAAUGGGUCAACAAACUAUGUUAACCUUCGUUUAAAAAAGUGCACCUUAUGCAAGCUGAGGCGCACUUUGUACAAAAAGCGUAGCUGAGGCGCACGCCUCAUGUAUAUGUCACAUUUUUGUGCAGCAGAUUGUGGUUUUCAGGCUGUACAUGUAUGUAAUCUCAAUAUUAAAACAUAUAUAAAGCUUAUUUGUGUCUAAA